AUCGUCCACAUGUUUUGGAAAUAUUUCAGAUCGUCCAUUGAUCGAGCCCAUGAAAAAGGUUAUUGCUGUAGAAGGAAACGACAGUAUACUUACAUGUGUUGCAUCUAGUAAACCUGCAUCUAAAUUCAAAUGGUACCGAGCAGGACAUACAGGUAUUCUCAGUCAAGGAACUGGAACACUAGUCAGUAAUAAGCUGUCGCACAUAAUAAGUAACGUGCGGAGAACAGAUGCUGCAACAUACAGAUGUAAUGCAAACAAUGGAAUUGAAACGGCUGAUAAUGAAAGUGUUAUUCUUACAGUCUACUAUCCCCCAGUUGUUACAGUAGUUGCAACGAAUACCACAGUCAGUGCUACAACUGCCUUAAUUACGUGUAGUGCUAGUGGGAUGCCAAACAGUAACUAUCAAUAUGGUAAAUGGAUACAGACCUGGAAUAAUUUUCAGGUAUCAGAGAAACCCGGAAACAAGAAACUUGAGUUAAAGAACUUGACAUAUGAGUACUCUGGAGUCUACACUUGUUCCGCAAGUAAUGGAAUUAAAGUGUUUGGUACAGAUAAGGAAUUCAUGAAAGGAUCUGUUCUGUUCGUAGUGAAAUCAUUCCCAAUAAUAACAAAUGCAAGUGAGAAAACUCCAGCCAAAUUAAAAGAAAAUGCUACUUUAGAAGUUUACUACUACUCAAAUGUAGCAGAAUCUGAAGUGAAAAUUUACAAGAACGUGAAUGGAACCAGGAAAGGAGGCAUUAUCUACACUGUAUCAGAGACUCAUGUGGAUGUAAAUUUACCUGUGUUUAAUCAUUUCAUCAAAACUGGUGGAACUAGAGCUAAAAUUUUGAUUCAGAUACUGUCAGCUGAUGACUUAGGAACUUAUGAUGUUGUUGUUGCAAAUGAUGUAGGUCCUAGCACUCGAUCAUUUGAAAUAGUUCCAAAAGGUCCUCCCAGCAAGCCAUAUAAUGUCACAGUAGACAGUAUUCAGUAUAACACAGCACAUUUGUCCUGGAUACGGGGAUACCAUGGAGGACUUGCACAAACAUUUGUUAUACAGCUCAGCACUGACCUGAAUAUUUGGAGAAAUAUAACAGUCGAUGGUGGACUGAAUGAGAGUUUAGAACCAAUUUCUGAAGUUCUAUCUAAUCUUUAUGAUUCAACAAUGUACUAUAUUCGAAUGUAUGCAUUUAACAACAAAGGAAGUAGCCCUUUUACAGAGUUCCAUAAUUUCACUACACCUCCAAAGACGGAGGAUGACAGGCCAGGUCGAUCAGAAGCUGUAAUUGGUGGUGCCGCAGGUGGAAUUUCAGCACUAUUCGUAUUAGUACUAGUAAUAGUUAUUGUACUAGUACUUAAACGUAGAGGUGUUUUUACAAAAGGCAAAGAAAACUCUCAUGAUGACAAGAAUGAUAGGUAA